UCGAGUGCCUUAAAAUAAACAAAUAGCAACAAAAGAUAUACUGACUCCUCCAUUUAAAGAGGAGUCAAAAGACCUCUCAGAUCUCCAACGCACCCUCUGAUCAAUCAUGGCCUACCAGUACCACAACGACCUCCUUGCUCCUUACCUUGCGUUGUCCCAGGGUGACAAAGUGCAAGCCGAGUACGUUUGGAUUGAUGGCGAUGGCGGCCUUCGUUCAAAGACCAUGACUAUGACCAAGAAGACCACUGAUAUUGGCCAGCUCCGCAUCUGGGAUUUCGAUGGUUCAUCCACAAACCAAGCUCCAGGCGGUGACUCAGAUGUCUAUCUCCGUCCCGCCGCUAUUUUCAAAGAUCCUUUCCGAGGCGGCGACAACAUUCUCGUCCUUGCCGAGACCUUCAACAAUGACGGCACACCCAAUAGAACAAACCACCGUCACCACACCAAGAAGGUCAUGGAUCUCGCAAAGGACUCCGUUCCUUGGUUCGGUCUUGAGCAAGAAUAUACCCUUUUCGAUGCAGAUGGCACGCCAUUCGGCUGGCCGAAGGGUGGCUUCCCCGGACCCCAGGGCCCUUACUACUGCGGAGCAGGAACUGGCAAAGUUUUUGCUCGUGACCUCAUCGAGGCUCACUACCGUGCCUGCCUAUACGCCGGCGUGAACAUCAGCGGUAUCAACGCUGAAGUCAUGCCCUCCCAAUGGGAGUUCCAAGUCGGCCCUUGCGAGGGUAUUUCCAUGGGUGAUCACCUCUGGAUGGCUCGUUACCUUCUCGUUCGCAUCGCUGAACAGUGGGGCAUCAAGGUCUCCUUCCACCCCAAGCCUCUUGCGGGUGACUGGAACGGUGCUGGUUGCCACACCAACUACAGCACCAAGCUCAUGCGUGAGCCUGGAGGUAUGAAGUACAUCGAUGAGGCCAUCGAGAAACUUUCAAAGAGACAUGCUGAACACAUCGCUGUUUACGGAGAGGACAAUGAUCUCCGUCUCACUGGACGUCAUGAGACUGGCCACAUCGGAGACUUCAGUUCUGGCGUUGCUAACCGCGGAGCUUCCAUCCGGGUGCCAAGGCACGUUGCUGCCCAGGGUUACGGAUACCUGGAGGACCGUCGUCCGGCUUCCAACAUUGACCCAUACCGUGUGACUGGAAUAAUCGUGGAGACCACUGUUCUUGACAAGUAGAAGUUUUUUUCUUCCGCUGUACUUUACUACAUCCGUUUUUGUUGGGACGCAGCCGAACUAAAAUUUGAAGGCAUGCAUGUACUCAAAGUAAUAAUUUGUUUUGAUGCUUAUGCAAUGUGUGACAUCAGUGGCUGUUUUUCGCCUUGGGGAUACUUCAACCUGGCAUCAGCUUAGGUGCACUGCUAAUAGAAUGAACUCGUUCCGCGGAAACUGCAGCUGCUUGUCAGUGAGUGCGCAUCUCACGCUAUGAAUAUCGUAUCACCAAGGCGCGCCACCAUUCUUAGGCGCUUGGCCUAGCUUUGAAAGGCAAAUCAUACAUAGCAACAACCCAUCUUACGUCAGAUAUUGUGAUCCGUAC